ACUCUAUUCAGUGAUUUUUUGUUUAACAACAUGCGACUCUCAGUGAUGGUGAUCGCGAUCAUGGUCGCUGUCGCGAUCGUAGCCGGGGCCGAAGAUAAGAACCGUGGAAAACGGCAACAAGUGUACUUCACAAGAAGGGCAGGCAGACCACCACCUUAUGCGGUGCAAAUGGAGCCGAUAGUCCAAUACUCCCAGCGCGACCCGCUUUACAACCCCCUGGCAAGCUCCAAGAGCGACGACGAUUUCUACCACGACGAAACACUGGGUCACCCCCCGGGUUCUUAUGGGUCAGACCCUGAGCCGAUUAUCGAGAUAAUCAUCAAGGAGUCGAACGAAUCCUUGCCGACCUCUCCUCCGCCGGUUUUGCCAGCUACCAAGCCUACAAAGGAGCCCAUACAGGUGUUUUACGUAAAGUACGAGAAGAAAGACCAGGGGAACGGCAAGUCCAAAGUUGUCUACGAGAAACCAGUACCCGCUCUGACGCCCCACGAAGACCACGAAGAAAUUAAGUCCGACAAUCAGUUGACCGAAAAAACUGAGUACGUCACUCAGAGUCCGCUGCUCAGCGAGCCGUCGACGACUUUGAGGGCGAUUAUCAGGCCCGAUAGUGAAGUUUACCACUCUGACGGCAGUGGGAUCAAGAUAACUUUCGGCUCUGAUAAACUCCCGCCCAAUAAUCAUAACAAGAGAAGUGAUAGGGACAAUCCCAAUGCUCACCCUCCGUUGUACUUAAAUUCGUUUUCUCCUUCACCGGCAAUUUCGCCUAAUAAGAGGCCGGUCGGUCAGUUUCCGGCGAUUCAAUCAAAUCAUCGGUUGCCGCAGUCUCCUGUAACAUUUCCUCAGCAGAGAAUAACUUCGUUUCCCCAACAUCAAUAUCAACAGCAACAACAGCAGCAGCAGCAGCAGCAGCAGCAGCAGCAACAACUCCCACCGAAUUUCUCGCAGCCUCAAUUCCAAUCACCGCCGCUAAUUAAUGUGCAACGCCAGCAACAAAGACCGGCUAUUACUAUUCAAGGCCUGCCGGAAGUUCAGCAGCGAUUUACUUUUCAAUCGUUCGGCUCUCCAGCACACGGUAUCAGAAUAAAUCAUCCACAACAACCAGGCUUCCCACCGGCUGUUUCUACAACUCAAAACAGCUUUUCGACUCGCCAACAACCUACCGCAAUAACUAUUCAGAAGCAAACACUGCUAAGUCACACAAGUGGUUACGUUCCCAAGACAAACAGCCAAACCCCAGCUCCAAAGUUCCCUAAUCAAAGUCAAAAGGAUGGAUUUAACUUUGGUCAAAACAUCCAGUCUCAGCAGUCUUCGUCUCAGUAUCAGUCUAUCUGGAGCCAGCCUAUCAUCAAAGAUCCUAAGCAGAAAAUCUUCGCGACUCCUCUGCCAAAAAUCGAACACUCGCUCGGACCGUCAAUCCCAAAAUUCGCAGCAGCUUUUCCUUCGUCUCAGCCUACGCCCACAACUCCCACAACGACCACAACUCAACCCACCACAGCAGCUCCAACCACAACGACGCCCAGCCCGAAAAACGAGGCAAAAAUCCAGCAGAACAUUGCGAAUUUGCCGGAUGAAGUGCCGGACGAUAUUAGAGAUCAGUUGUUAAGUUCUGGAAUCUUGGGAAACGCGGAUAUUCAAGUUCUUGAUUACGACAAGGUCGGAGAUAUCCCGAUCGAGAAUUUGCCGCCUGAGGCGCUCGCCAAUUUCUACGGUGCCGGAGGUGGUGCUGCAGUGUCUGCCAGCGCGCCGAUUCCGUCGAUCGCUAAGAAACCCAAGAUUAUUGAUGAUGGAAACACCAGUAAUAACAAAAAUAGUUAUAAUAAUAAUAAUAAUAAUAAUAAUAACAACAACAAUGUCGUGAUAAAACCUAACAAGGCGGUGACAACCACCACCAAAGUUGAACAGGCUACACUUAAGCCCGGAGGUGUGGAAAUGAAAGUAGUACACUUCGACCCCAAUACGGCACAAGGCCAGGCUAUUGCAGAUCAGCACAUACGAGAUGACGCUACUCAUCUCAAACCGGUAAACGUCGUUGCUUCUGGUGAUGAUAACACCCAGUACAAUCGGUACUUGCCGCUGAAAGUAAGCGGGGCGUCUUUUCCGAUCCCCGAUGUUCCGGAAUUGAAGGACCGGAAAAUAUCGAGCGUCGUCGUUCUCGCUCCAGUCGACUACAACUUUCGCGACGAAGAACAGAGAUUCGGGAAAAAAAUAAGCGAGCCCAUGCCUGCUAAAUUUUUGGCUGGAGACACCUUGAAGCAGUUGAUUAGAAAACCCACCGCGGAAAACUACAAAAAGUGGCUGGAGCAAGAAAGCCAGACCGAGCCCCAGAAGCAGUCGGUCGUCUUAUUGGUAACGACGCCGAAAAAUCAAAGCAAAGGAGAUAAAGAAAUAUUCAUGUACGAUGUCAGCACCCAGGCGGUCAGCAAGCUGUCCGGAGAUUUGUCUUCGGCGUUCGUCGAUGCUGCUGAAAGCAAUUCUGAAAGUCCCGAGUCUAUUGACGAUUCGUCUUUUACAUCUUGA